UGUUGAUGCCCAGCAAGGAGGGAACAGACUCCAGUUCUGAUCUUAUGCAUGUGGUUAUUUUUACUUGCGUGAGCAGCCUCACGUGAGUCAGUGGAGCAACUCGUGUGACUUGCCGAGGUCUUUGCAAGGAGCUCUGUGCUUUGUUUGCUGGGGAAUCUCCUGCAGGGGUGCGUGUCUGCAUGGUGUUCAGCCUCCCGUCUCCUGUGCCCUACCCCCCUGGACACGUGGCAGGGCCAUGGUGAUGCUGCAGGCAGGACUCUGUCCUGGUCUGACGGCAGAGAUGAUCCAGCUUCUGAAAGCCAGUGGCAUCCGAACAGUGGUUGACCUCAUCUCAUCGGAUCUGGAGGAAGUUGCCCAGAAAUGUUCUCUGUCUUACAAGGCUUUGGUGGCAGUGAGACGUGUUUUGCUGGCCCAGUUCUCAGCGUUUCCCAUCAACGGUGUUCAUCUGUAUGAGGAACUCAAGAGCUCCAUGGCUAUCCUGUCUACAGGGAACAAGAGCUUGGAUACGCUGCUGGACUCUGGCCUGUACACUGGGGAGGUGAUGGAGCUUAUGGGAGCACCAGGCAGUGGGAAGACACAGGUGUGCCUCAGCAUAGCAGCAAGUGUGUCCCACAGCCUCAAGCAGAAUGUCCUUUUUAUUGACUCCACAGGCGGGUUCACAGCCUCUCGCCUUCUCCAGUUGGUUCAGUCCAGGACAGAGGAGGAGGAAGAGCAGGUGGAGGCCUUGCAGCGAAUCCAGGUGGCCCAUGUGUUUGACAUCUAUAAGAUGCUGGCUGCGCUGCAGGAGCUCCAGCACUGCAUGUCCCAGCAGGUUGUUUGUUCUGUGGGUCCCGUGAAAUUGCUGGUGGUGGAUUCUGUCUCGGCUGUAGUUUGCCCACUCUUUGGAGGCAGGCAGUCAGAGGGUUUGGCCCUCAUGAUGCAGCUGGCGAGGGAACUGAAGACACUUGCCAGAGAAUUUGGCCUUGCUACUGUGGUGACUAACCAUGUGACAAGGGAUAGUAGCAGCGGUCACCUCAAACCAGCCCUGGGCCGCUCCUGGAGUUUUGUGCCCAGCACGCGCGUGCUGUUAGAGAGAAGCCAAGGGGCUUUGGGGAAAGCCAGCACACAACGUAUUGCUUCCUUAACAAAAUCGCCCCGGCAGCCUACUGGAAUAAAGGUAGAACUGGACAUUGGAGGCCAUGGAGCAUUGGAAGAGAGACCAGGUGCAUCUGGAGAGGAACUCUGAUGGAGGUGAAAAGAUGAAAAGUAGAUUUCAAGGCCAAGAUCUUGUCUUUUAUUGUGGACACCUUUGCUGCUAAAAUAGAAAAGACUGCAGAACUAGACAGUGUGAGCCAAGGCACUGUUAGGAUGAGGAGAGAGUUCUGUAGUUCCAGUAAAGCGGUAUUGUAUUCCAUCACUGCCCCACCUCAGGUGCUCCUUUCUCCAGUGUGACCUUGGGAUCGCAAAGAGAUUUCAAGGGAAAGCCUUUGUGGCCUGGGCAAGUGCAGCAUGUGUGGCUGCAGUGCUUCUCUGGAACUCAUUAGAACCACAGACCUGUUGCCUGGAGUCUUAUGGAUCAGCAGGAGAACCUCUGUCAUUGUGGGAUCAGCAGAAUUCGCUGACAGCUCUAUAAACCCUUGCCGGUCAAUGACUUCUAUUUUUUUCCUCCAUAACCACCUGCUGCCAGAUCCCAGAAUCCUUUGGAGGGGAACCUCUGGGAAGCUUCAAGGAGGAAUACAAAAGAACUGGGCCUUCGAGAGCAAGAAUCCUGUCGGCUCCAACAGAUGGUGGUGUAAACACUGUUAUCACUGUAGAAAACAGUUGUUACAGCAAGCUUCAGGUGUCUGCCUCAUCCUGCUUAUUCCUCAGUGGAACUGUAGUGGACAUGGGCUUCUAAAGGAAAGGGACAUGCGUGGCACUCAAGUGUUGCAAAUGUUUGUGAUCGAACUCUUUCUACAGAGUAUAAAGGAGUGCAUUGUAAGCAGCACUGGCAUUCUUGUACCUGAGUAAUGUAUCAGAUGGCUGCUGCCUUGUGGAAGUGGGCCUUUUGGGCCAAAUACUCCACUGAGGUAAAUGAGUGUGGCCCUUGGCUUACACCACUUGAGGAUCUGGCCGUGUUUUAGGAGCAUUGUUGUUGAUGUAGUUGGUGUGUUUCUUUUCAUCUACUUUUUUUGCUUGAAAACAGGGCACUCGUGUGUUAUUGAGGUGGUUCUACCCCAGUUGUACCCAAUGUUUACAAUUCAAAGUGAGGAAAGAAAUGGCAGGAGCAGAAGAACUUGAAAUCUUCAGGAACUGUACUAGGGAUCUUCCCACCAGAUAAGUUACAGCAGUGUUUGCACCAGUGACAGCUCUCAUGUAGACAAGGCUCUGGUGUCCAAACUCACAGUUGCUUUUUGUCUGACAUAGCUCUGAUGGAAGCUGUAGAAAUAAAGGCAGUAAACACUACUGCAGUUGAAUAGAUGUUUGACCCAUGAGCCUUUUUAAUACAUUUUUCCAGCUAAGACAUUUCUGAGUAUAUCUAAUUUUUAUUUGUAAGCCAGCUUCCCCACUAACAAGAAAAUAUCUGAGACUGUAGCCAAACUGAAUAUUUGACAGAGCUUUCACGGAGUAAUAGCAGGUCUUCCUACCCCUAGCAGAUUGUUUCAUACACCUGUGUGUCACUACAACUACAGUGCUUGAGAGAAACCCAGAUUUCUAUCCUCUCAGGGAUAUAAUUUAAUGGGAAGGUGGUGAACGUCCCCUAAUCACAGAGCCAAUUAAAACAGAGGCAAUGCCUGUGCCAGAGUGUUUACAAUCUCACUUUUUCCUUUGCAAAUUGUUCAUUGUUUUAUGUGUGGAGACGUUAUGAGUCAAAUUCUCUCCCAGGGAAGUCAGUGGAGCCGGGGCAAUUUAUGCCAACAGAAAAUUUGGCCUGUUAUGCUUUUUGUACCAGCUGUGAAUAAAACAUUGAUUUUUUUUUUUUUAAUAUACUUUUCAGGUAACCCCUUCCUCUUGUGGUUGCAUUAUUCAUCAGUUUGGGAUUCCUAGAGGAAAGCUGAGCAGGGGGAUAUGGAGCAGAGAAAGAAUAGAAUGUCAAAAUGUCUAGUAACACACAUUUGCAUUAAGGUUUUGACAAUGAGAGUGUGAUAUUACAUUCUCCAAGACUAUGUCAAUCAUUAGGGAAGAGAUGCAAUAUCUGAUUUGGGUGAGCUAACUGGGGGACUAAUUUGGCUUUGGGCAAUUGUUAUGCCAGAUUCAGAAGGAAAUCUUGAGCUUGGGAGCUGAAGUAACUUGAUAGUAUGGAAGGAGGAGACCUCCAGUUAGAUGGAGCAAGGAGAAUGUAAGAGGAUUUCUCAAAUGGAAAGUCACAAAGAAAGGGGAGACCAUCAGGAGUGUGUUGCGGGGGUAGAGAAUGGUGGUUAGGUGAGAGAGAAUGAGAGGACUUGCGUGAACAAGAGCAAGACAAUGGUAGAGUGACUUAAUUUGAGUGAAUGGAUGAAAGUUGGCAGGUUAAUGGGAGACUGGAAGGGCUGAGUGAGCAACUGAGGGGAAUGAAGCAUUGCAAAGUUAAAGAAGCUGUACUAACUGUCCAUGGAAUACUAUGAAAAGGGGACGAUUUAAAGUGUGCAUACACAUACAUGAUUUGAAUGAUUUCAUUGCCUGUAUUCAUGGAAAUCACAUUUUUGCUAUGUACCAAGAAAAUAAACAUGUUCAAAUAAUAGUCACAAAACUGUACCAAUCAUAUGCUCUCAGUCUGUUCUUUCUCUGGAUGAGAGGGAUAAUCCUAAUGCACUACUGCAAGAGUUCAGUGUCACUGUGUCCUCAUGCCCUGGAUACUGAUUGCCAUAAUCCCAAACAGUGAGUUGAAAAUGAGAAAGGGGUAGCAUGUAGUCAGAUAUCCAAACAGGAGGAAAGGAAGAGAGAAAUAUGACUGUUAUUACUUAGGGAUUAUGAAAUCAUCGUGGGGCUCUGAUGCAAAAGAUCUGGAAUAAAUUGCGAAAUAGAGAAGGCUUAAAUAAAGGCUAAAGGACAGAUGCUGAUCAAGUGAACCCUGGCUGUACUUGUGCAGGGCUAUCAAUCUUAAGUGUUGAGUGUAAGCUGCUCAGUGGCUGUAGAGGGAAGAAAUUUCUCUCCUUGGAAAUUAGGUCAGUGCACCUCUCCUGGUAGCAUUUUGUAUUUUGCUCUGAAGCAACUGGUAUGGGCUGCCGGUGCAUUUGAGGAACAUCUCUGGCAUGUUGCUUCCUGCCCUGUGCUUGCUCUUCAGGUAAGUAGGGGGGAGAGGUCUCAUGACAGAGACGGUCCUGAGCCUCCUGUAUUUCAAACACUUUGAAGAGGAAAUGCAGGGUUGAAGUGGUGCAUUUGUUUUCAGACACAGGACCGUGAAUUCCUCGGUGGCACCGUGGAAAAGUCUGACUUCCUGCUAAAGACAAUGUCCCCAAUGCUGCCUAGCAGAGCAUGGCGCAAGAUGGCUGGUGACCUCAGUGUCAUCAAAAGGAAGUCAUUUUUCAUCUGGGUGCUCAGACAGGGUCCUGCUCUCCCUGGGUGAUGCCUCUUCCUCUCUGUAAACUGCUCCUGCACCCUGCUCGUGGACUCGGGCGGUGGUCACUUGGAUGAUUUCCAAUCUUGACUGCAGCAGUUGGAGAAAGGCACGCAGGCUCCUCUUGAGGUGACGAACUGCGGAAAACGACCCCAGCUGCAGGAACCGCCAGCCGUGGGCAGUGCCACUGCAGGCAGGGGGCCGCAGCCAGCGCGGGGGCUCCCAGCCGGAGGCCGGAGAGCCAGGCCAAGGGCUUGGGGACCACCCCGGCAAUGACGGGGGCUGCGCUGCCUCCUCCGCCCUCC